CCCCACUCCUACCCAUGCUCCACUCGACCUCGUCCACCAACGUGUCGUCCAUGUGGGGCUCCAACGGCGCUGUCCGCCGCAUAGCCUCGGUCAACAACAUGGGCACGCUCCACCGCAUGGAGGCCGGCCUUGCCUCGCCGCGCCCACACGCUGACGCCGGUGCUGUCUCGGACGCACCGCCUGCCCUCCCGCUGGAGGCGCUCAUCGAGCCGGUAGAGGCAGAGUCGGACGCGUCGGAUGCCAAGGGUCUCGACAAGAAGGUUCUGGGCGGGCCAGCCAGCAGCGACCUCGGCGAGCACGGCUCGCGCGAGGCAGCCUUUGUCAUGGCCCAUCCCAAGCGCUCGGUCGUUGCUGCGCUGUGUGUGUACAUGGCGGCAAGCUUUGCGCUUAUUCACACCAUGAACUACGUGCACUAUCACCUGCCAGAGCAACCGCCGCUCCCGGAUCUGGGCCACGAGUACAUCCCCAUGCUGCGGCCCGAAAACCUCGGCGACUACCCCAUGUUUGUCUCGGUCUUUGUUGUCGUCUACCUCGGCGGCUACCGCCACCGCUCGCAGUUCUACAAGAUCGUCACCCGCAUGUGGAUCACUCAGACCGCGCUCUACAUCCUCCGCAUCUUCACCAUCUCCAUGACGAAUCUCCCGGUCACCGACAACCACUGCAGGUACUCGCGCGAGGAGAUCUCGUCCUUCUGGCUCAACACCAUGAACGGCCUCGCCACCAUGGGCCUCGCCAACGUUCAUUGCGGCGACCUGCUCUUCUCCGGCCAUUCGAUCAUGAUCGUUAUCUUCUGGCAGAUCACACACACCUACUUUCCGCAAUACCGCGGCCUCAAUUGGCUCGUUACCUUCUGCACCCUCAUGGCCUUCUUCUUCAUCGUCGCCACCCGCUCACACUACACUGUUGACGUCAUCAUCGGGUGGUUCGCCACAAUGUGCACAUGGAAGCUGGUGCCCAACUAUUGGCCCUACGCCCUACGCGACUCGUAACUCCCCC